AUGCUACUUGCCGAUCUUGGGGAGUAUCUGUCACAAGUCGCAAGUUGUGCUAAUAAUGUAGUCUUGAUACUUGAUAGUAUUCAGGAGGACGACUGGGAACUUUCAAAUGAUGAAGAAAAAGGUUUCGUGUGUUACACUCCCGACGACAACAAUCUCCAUAUCUGGCCAGAGCCGCAAGAGAAACCACAAGCGCUAACGCAGCUGUUGGCCAAAUUCAAUGCGUUGAGUGAUCACAAAAGAAAGAAUAAUGCUUGCGAUCUCUACGACUUCCCUGAUACGAAGGGUUUGUCGCGUGAGGAUUUGAGGAGACAUGUCGAAGACCUUGAUUCUCACCUAGUUGGAAUCAAGCAACGAAAGCUAAGUAUAUUAAGAAGAGGAAACUCGAAGAACCCUAAGCUGAAGGUGACGGGGAAGGAGGAAGAAGAUAGGGUUUCAGAUCGAUUAGGGUUUGGCAACGACGUCGUCUUCGGUGGCUACCACGAAACAGCUAUGGGAUCUUGUGCUGCUUCCGAGGUUUCUAGGGAUGUUGGUGUUUCGGAUUCUUCUCUACUCGAUCCUUUCAUGUUAGGCUUUUCCGGCAGCGAUUAUUUUCCGACAGAUAAUUUUGGGGUUUGUGCCAACGGUGGUGGUGCUUGGGAUCUUUCUUGGAUGGAUUUGGAUUUUUCUUCAACAUUGUUUCCUGCAGGUUACGAUCCACUUCUGGGAGCCACUGAUGAGGCGGGCACUUACCAAACAUUGGUCACAAAUAAUUUAGGAUCCGUCUUCUGAGAUUACGACUUUAACGGCAUGAUCACUAAUUCACCUAUAUAUAUGUAUUGUAUUCUCAGUGUUGAUCAUUAUUAUUAGUAGUAUGUAUUAACUUGUACGUUUUGCUCCAACGCAAA